UUAAGGUACGAUCCGGGGUGCAUGAUUGCAUUUUCGGGAAGGAUUGUCAGACACGCGGUUCAUGCAGUGGAAGGGGAUCGGAUUGCCUGGGCAUGGUAUAUGAGGGAUGCUGUUCAUGUUUAUGCUGGGAUUCCAGUCGUGUGGAUGGGCAAGGUUGGAUUGGAAGAAGUAGAAAGGUAG